AAAAAACAUCGUUCCAAAUCUAUUUUUAAACUCAAAUUAUCUGAUGGUAUGAUAUUGAUGAAGAGCCAGAGCAAUUUUCAAAGCGGUGUUUGUUUGAGUACGGAAAGGUUUAUUGGACGGAAUAUUUAUUGACGUGUUUCAGGUCGAUAUCGCAGAACUUUACUAGUGAUAUAUACUUGUAUCGUUUUUCUGUUUAUUUCUUAGUAAAAUAAAUCAGUGAUUAGUGUUCACAAUGGCUGUGAAUGCGGUGCACCUGGAAUCGGACGCUUUUUUGGUGUGUAUGAAUCAUGCGUUGAGUACCGAGAAGGAAGAAGUUAUGGGGCUUUGCAUUGGAGAGGUUGACACAGACAGAAUUGUCCACAUCCACUCAGUAAUCAUCCUGCGGCGGUCAGACAAGAGGAAGGAUCGUGUGGAGAUCUCUCCAGAACAGCUGUCUGCUGCAUCCACUGAAGCUGAGAGGUUAGCUGAAAUGACUGGACGGCCAAUGCGAGUGGUGGGCUGGUACCAUUCCCACCCACACAUCACAGUGUGGCCAUCGCAUGUUGAUGUGCGGACCCAGGCAAUGUACCAAAUGAUGGACCAGGGUUUUGUUGGGCUGAUAUUCUCUUGUUUCAUUGAGGAUAAGAACACAAAGACCGGGAGGGUGCUCUACACCUGCUUCCAGUCCGUGCAGGCACAGAAGGGCUCUGAGUACGAGAGAAUUGAGAUCCCAAUCCAUGUGGUCCCUCAUGAAACAAUCGGGAAGGUGUGCCUGGAGUCUGCCGUGGAGCUCCCCAAGAUUCUGUGUCAGGAGGAGCAGGAUGCUUACAGGAGAAUCCACAGUCUUGCUCACCUGGAUCCAAUAACAAAGAUUCACAAUGGCUCAGUCUUCACGAAGAAUCUUUGCAGCCAGAUGUCGGCUAUCAGCGGGCCCCUGCUGCAGUGGCUUGAGGACAAGGUGGAGCAGAACAAGCAGAAUAUAGCUGAGCUGCAGCUGGAGAAGGAGAGACUUACACUGGAGCUCACAGACCUGGACUGAGCAGGACAGCCGUGCUGGACAUGUACAAACUAGCAGGACACUAUAAUGCUGCUGUGCAAAACGCCUCCGAGCAGGGGGAGGAGACGCCAACAGAGGAGCAGCAAGGUUCUAGGACUACAGCCCAUGGAAAACUAGGCAACUUUCAGGGGACUGGUAGCACUUUGUAAUCAGUAUUCACUUCGUAGCUCCAGCCAUGGCUGUUCAGAUAUUGUAACUUGUGCACAAGGGAAAAUUACUUAGAAAUGUCACCUACAACAAGUUUCAUAAGUUUCCAGAAAAUAUUGCCUGAAAGUUGCCUUGUUUUUCAUGGGAUUAACACACAUUUUGAGGGAUGAAAUCAUUUUAAUGGUAUAAAACUAGCAAGAAGCUACUCCUAAACAACAAUUUAAUUGCAUAUUCCAAUAAGAAACUGAGGGGGACAAACAUUUUGGCCUUCUUCAGUGUACUAGCCAAAACACUUGUCUACAAGAUAGUUUCUUUACAAUUCGGAUUUAAGUUCUCAAUGCUUCUUCCUAGUUUUGUGCCAUUAAAACUGCUUUAUUCCACUUUGAAAAUUAGCUUUUUGCAUUUUAACUUGAUUCAAAAUAGGGUCCUGUGAGUUCUGUGUAAAGGACAACACCUACUAUGUGUAAUUCAGCUUGUAGUAGAGUUUUGUUGCUGAGAUAACAUUAAUACAGCGUUUUUCUCCAUGGCAGUAUUGAAAAGUGGAGUUUACAAUCACCCUGCUAUUUGAUUGUCCUUGAAAGGUUGUAAAUGUAAGCAACAGACCAUGGGCUCCUGGUUACAACAGGAAAUCGGCUGAUUUGAACUCUUCAGUUUACACGACUCCUGAGGUUUUUGAUUUUUAGUUAAAAUUGACAGCAGAGGCAGGUCCAUUACCACUGUGAUAUUUGAACUAACAUGUGCCUCUCCAAACAGCAUAUCCUAAUUGCUAGCUGCUGUACCAUAGCUCUGCUUUACUGAAUGGACUAUUGAAAUCCAAUCUACAGCGUGUGAGUAGAUGUUAGCUAACUUAGCUUGACCUCGUUCAGUGGUAUAUUGGCUUUGAAAACUGGGCCCCAUGUCUUCUGCUUUGACAUUACAAGUGAUUGUUUACGUCAUGCUGCUUUUGUUUUGAAUUUGAAUGAACUGAAUUUUGGUUGUUUUCGGAUAAGUUGUUUGUCUCCAGCCAAACAACAAUACUGUAAAUCAACUUUUGAAAUCAAUAUCCAAAUUUUGAAAUCUGAACGAACUCAGAAUUAGUUGUGAACUAAUUUCAUGAGUUUUCACAUGACCUUGCAGACAAUACAAACAAGGUGGCAGUACUUUUGUUGCAUAUCAUUUAAAAAUAACAUACGGAACAGUGAUGUGUAAAAUAGGAUGCUGGUUGUGAAAUUAGUAAGUGUUUCAAUGCAAGCUUGUUAAAUGUUUUUUUUUUUUAUUUGUGAAAGUUACGCACUUUUUAUGGAAAAUAAAAUCCUGAACUCCUG